AUGGAAGCACCAGUUACACGGCCUCGACUUCCUGAAGCUGCCGCAGAUGGCUGGGAUAUCAACAGCAGCGCCCUCGUCACGAGCAACGAGCCCGAGAAUAUCUUCCGCGAGUACGACUAUUUACGUACCAACUGUCCUGUUGCCCAUGUUGACCGGCAUGGCGGGUACUGGGUUUUGACAAGAUACAAUGACAUCAAGGAAGUCGCGUCUGACAACGACCAGUUCAUCUCGUACAUCUGUGCCGUAGUUCCUGCUGACCCUCGUGGUAUCAGACGCCCGCCACUCAAGUUUGACGGGGAGAAUCACAAGCCAUAUCGGACUGCAAUUGAUCGAACCCUCAAGCCAGCACGGCUGAGGCGUCUUGAGCCGAUGAUCCAGGCUCACUGUGAGAGAGAGCUGCAAACCCUCCUCGACCGGGGCCACGGGGAUAUCUAUGAAGAGUUCGGGUCCAAUUUCACAAGCUGGAUUGAGAGAGAGUGGCUGAACCUUGACGAGGCUGAUGGUGAGCUUCUCGUUGAUGGAUUCGGCUCGUUUGUGUACGCCUGGCGAACAGGGGACUGGCCCACGGUGAAGAAGUGGAGUGAUGCAUGGUAUAGCAUUGCGAAUCGAGUGGUCGCAGCAAGAAAGGCGAACCCCCAGGAUCCGGACAUGGAUCCGGCUUCAAGUCUACUGCUGGAAAAGGAUAGUCACGGCAACCCAUUGGAGGAAGAGCAUAUCAUUGGAUGUAUCCGGCAGAUUGUUAUUAUUGCCAUGGUAGCCCCUACCAUCGUCAUCACAGCCAUCACCAAGCACCUUGCUGAGGACAAAGAGCUACAGAACAGACUCCGCAAUGACCGCUCUCUGCUUCCUGCUGCUAUUGAGGAGUUCAUCCGCUUGCACGUCCCCUACCGUGGCUUCUCGCGGACUGCUGUGGCGGAAGCGGAGAUCUCCGGCACCAAAGUGCCCCCUGGGGAGCCCAUUACAGUAGUGUACUCGGCUGCAAAUAGAGACCCGGCACAGUUCCCCGAGCCAGACAAGUUUAUUCUUGGUCGCGAGAAUAUCACCACGCACCUGGGCUUUGGGAGGGGGGUCCAUCGGUGUGCUGGGACGUGGCUGGCGAGGAUGAUCGUCAGGAUUUUCCUCGAGACGAUGCUGGAUAAAUGUGCUGAUUGGGACGUAGCAGGCGAGGUUGUGUACGCAAAGCUGCCUGAAAUUGGGCCGACCAGCUGUCCGAUCAAGUUUGUUGUGUAA